AUGGGAUUGAUAACUAAUGCUCUAAUUAUUGGAGGUACAGUCAUUGCUGCAAAUAAAGUGCUAUAUAAUAUGCUUUUCGCAAAGCAACCAAUCCAACGCUCAUUUCAACCAAUUGGAAAUGGAAAAAGCCUUAAUUUUACUUAUCAGCAUUUUGGAAGACAUAAUUGAAUUUCCCCAGUAAAACUAGAUGAAAUUGAAAUAUCCUUUUCUAUUUAAAUUUAAGCAUUAUAGUAAGACAAAUAAUUGGAUUAAUAUUAAAAAAUUUUAAUAAUCGACAUUAAAUUUAAUCCAGCACAAUAUAAAUGAUUUGCUUAAAUAUGAUUAUAUUGACUUCAGGAUAUUUAAAUCUGGAAAUAAAAUCCUUAGCUUUCGACCUUAUCCUCAUAUUGAAAGAUUGAAUGAAAUUCUGCGUCAAAAUGGAUUUAAAGUGAAAUUUAUUUAGAAAAUCUCUGAAAGCUUAAUUUUUGAAAGCUUAAAAUCAUUUAAAGACAAUUUGAAUUCAAAAGAAGAGUCAAUAAUUAGAGCAGGGCUUUGGAUUAAAGAAAAGCAAAACACUUACUCAUGUGGAGAUCUCACAUUUUCAUUAUUUCCUGCAAUUCCUGCUCAACCAAUAGAUAUCAGCCUUGUAAAUUGUUUUGAGUAUCCAAAGCACGGCCUGAGACCUGACUAUUUGCUUUAUUAUGGCCAAAACAUACUUGAUGGAUGAAAGUCAAGUAUUUUUUUGGUUGAAAAUGAUGGAGCUUUAAUAACUCCUAAGUUUAUUCAUCCUGCAAUCACCCCAUUUCCUAUUGAUACAACAGUUACAAGAGACAGCAUUAUGGUAAUUCACAAAUAAGAAAAUUUUUUCAAGGUUUGCUAUUGAAAAAGAUAUAAAAAUUGAUGAAAUUUUUGAUAAAAAAGUACAAACUAACUAGGUGAAAGGAGCUUUCCUGGCCAACGAUACAUUAACUAUACAGCCAAUUUCUUCUAUAUCUUUUAAUGGUAAAAAGAAAACAUGUACCGACUGCGAUAUUAUGUAUAAGAUCCAUGAAGACUUAAGAAAAUAUAUCGUAAGUUCUAUGUAGAUGGGGAAAGAAAAUAUCACGACAAAAUGUGAGGAUAAUUACACAGAAGAGUUUUGGAGCCAUGAGCUCUAA